AUGGUGGUGGCCGAAGGCCAAAAGUACGCCAAAAUUCUUGGAGUUAAGAAAUUCAAGGGAAGCAACAAAUGGCUUAACACAUUUUUAAAAAAAUAUAAAAUAUCUUUUCGCAUAUCUAAGACGUUGGUUCCGAGUGUUGCUGAGCAGUACUUCUCUGUAGUAAAUCUGAUCGCACAAUACAGCGCAAGAGAUGUUUUCGCCGCCUCGGAAACGGGGCUAUUCUUCCAAUGUCUACCAAGCGAUUUUAGAGCACUUAGGCAAAAACUGUGUCAAAGUGGAUCACUUCCGGAACAACGCCUAACGAUCGUAUGUGCCGCCAACAAAGAUGGUUCAGAAAAACUUCCCCUGCUGGUGAUUGGAAACGACAACUGCUUUUCGCACAUGGAAUCAAUCAUCUACCGAAGCAAUCCUAAAUCCUGGAUAACUUGGUAUCUGUUCAGAGACUGGAUUAUGGAGUUAGAUAGAAGGUUUGCCGAGCAGCAACGGAAAGUGCUACUGUUUGUCAAAGAAUGCACCGUGUAUCCCAAAGCGUUGCAGGCAGUUUUAAAAGCCAUUAACCUACAGUUUCUACCAAUGAAAGAUCCUCCAUUGCAGCAGCCUCUUGAAAUUGGUGUUAUUCAAAUUUUAAAGAAGCACUAUCGCAUCGAGCUUUUAAAACACACCUCACAACAUACCGGAACAGAAAUGAUAUGCUCGAAUGUGGCUGUGCCGUGUGGCGAAAUGUUGGCAUGCGCUUGGUAUACGCGAGUAAGGCGUAGCACUAUACAAACAUGUUUCAAAAAUGCAAACUACCCCAUGAACGAUGUGGAUGCUUUUGAGUCAAACAUUGCCGAUUGUAUUGUUGACGCACAUGAAAAGCAGUAUGAAUCUGCUGAAUGGUUUUUUGACUACAACAAAGUGGAUCAACACUUAAUAACAUACGGAAGAAUGAGCGAUGCCGACAUUCUCGACUGCGCCCAGGCACAUAAAACGGAUAAUAUCGUUACGUGUCCAGUAGAAGAGGAAGCUGAAGAUGUUAGCAUUGAAGGGUCCGACCACGAUGAGGCAAUGAAUGAAAGAUCUGAGCAUACCGCGGACGAUGAUUCUAAAUCAGAAAGUGAAACACGUUAUCAACAAUUUCAAGGCCAAUAUCAAGAAUCAGACUUCGAGAACACGCAGCUUGACAGUACACUUAAAAAUGGAGCAAUUCAGACAACUGUUGAUUCUGAUAGACAGUACAACGUACGAGACGUUUUCUUUGUCUCUGAAACCGACCUGUUAUUCAAAAGUUUGAAAACAAACACACAAGAACUGGAAGAAAACGGGUGCUUGGAUGGAUCGCUUCUAGAACAAUGCCUAACAAUCAUGUGUGCUGCCAACAUGAAUGGGACAGAGAAACUUCCACUACUGGUGAUUGGAAACGAUAACCUGUCAGCCGAAGGUGGUCCGAACGCAUUGUACCGAAUCAAUGCCGAGGCCCGUUCGAAUACUGAACUGCUUCGAGAAUGGAUAAUGUUAUUGGACAGAAAAUUUGUCGCAGAUCAUCGGAAUGUGCUACUGUUCGUAGAGGAACGUGAUGCACAUUUAAUAUCGAUGCAACAUGAGCUGGAGGCAAUCUUUUUACAUAUGUUUUAUUCAAAUUCGUCACUGCUUCCACCUCUACGAGUGGGUGUUAUUCAACAUUUCAAACAAUAUUAUCGACAAGAGUUGUUUAAGCAUCACCCUACAGAAUUCGCCGAAAAAGUGGACUCUUUGGACAUUACAAUAGUAGAAGGACUGAAUAUUGUUGCCCAGUCGUGGGAAGUAGCAGUAACGCCGGAAUUGAUUCAGUCAUGUUUCGUACAGGCUGGGUUUCCCGUAUGCGAUCUAGUUCGUGUGUGCAGUGUUACAACGCCCUGCUCGACAGAAGCAAUAGAAAUGGAAAUUAUUGACGAAUCAGCAGUCUAUCAAUGGCCCGGCGAGUCUGCAGAAGCUAACAAUGUGUUGUGCAACGUACCAAUGAGUGGUCAUACGACAUUAGAAUACAAUUCAAAACUGCACAACAAAACAGAGAGUCCAAAUUUAGAGUACUCGGGGUCUUGUAGUAUUCCCGAGCAGCCAGCUUUCAGCACACUCUCUAGUCAGCUAAGGAUGUUUAUCAAAGCCAGAAACAAAAGUCCGGAACUAUCAGAUGCCAAAAGACUCAAAACUGAUGCAUUACUGCAGGAAUCUUUUAGAAAGAUCGAAAACGAUAUGGAAUACUGUCACGACCCUCUGGAGGAUGUCCUUGACAGUAACAAUGCAUCCCCUGAAUGUUAUCCAGAAAUUUCUGUCCAACCGUGCAAAAUGGAGGCCCUUGAACGAACAGUUGAUCUGUUUAUUAAGAAUCAAAGACUUUGA